GGUACACGUUGCUUGAAAAAUUGCCGGGCUUUUCUAGGAAGGUAUGAAAUUAGGCCCCGCGCGCGCGCGCGCGCACACACACACCCAUUACCGGAAAUUAAACAUCGGAUCCGCAUUCGCCUUAGAACUGAAUAGCCUGAGACCUAAACGAGAGAGUAUAAAGUCAUGCCGCGCUGCUGCACGCGCUCUCACAGAUUAAGAGGGCCAUAUCCCAGUUCACUUAGAGCAGGUAACAUGUGGCAGUGUUAAUUCUGUCCUUAUCAGUCUCCCAGCCACAAGCCGCUGGAGAGGACUUAGCUGCCAGCAGAAAGCGCAGAUCACUUGAUUUGCAGUGCUGCCUCCUGACGAGAUAGGCACGAAGGGUGGCAUCGGAGCUGGAAUCAACGAAACCUUUUAGGGUACCUCGAUCUUGGCUGCAAAACUGCCUCAGAAGUAUAGGUGAAGUCCAUUCCAAUAGAGGCAGGUAACCUGCAUAGCAAAGUUAUCGGCUUCGCGUAGAUGGCUGUGAGGCCGCAAUGGGUGGUUAAGUCAUCGCAG